AUGCCCUUGUCAUCUCUGUCGCUCUCGCAGCUGCGCCACAGCGUGGAGCUCUUCCCUAUGCUGACGCUGUGCAACUGCGUGAGUGACGCGGAGGAUAGUGGAAACGGACCACGGUACUGCGCCCAGGACAAGAUCACCAAGUGCAUGUACGAGGUGCGCUGUGUUCCGCUGGGGCAAGCAACAGAAGAGACCGGUGCGGAGGCGCGGCAGCAGCAGCAGCAGGAACGACUGGAUGCUUUGAUUGCAGCCUCACAGCGGCAGGACCUGUCACCUGCUGUCUCCCUCCCCAUCGAUGUGUACGUGCAGGAGCUGGCAUCCACCAAGGAGCCUUUUGUUGUUUCUGUGUCCACGUACACGGGUCUCUCACUUGGCGAUGUGAUACGCUCCGGUUGGCGGCUCGUCGAGGAGGCGGACUUUGAAGACAUCCUCAACUGUGUCGAGGAGUACGGUCUGGAGAGUUUGAGACUUCCGCCUCACCGCAAUUUGAGUUUCAGCGCGCUGCGACGGCAGCUUAAUGUUCGGCCUGGUGCUGUGGAGGUGAGCCACCGCUCGCGAUGGGUGAUUGGUGACUGGCUGCUCGUUGGGGAGAAUGCCACGCUCGCGACGCCGGACGAGGUGGUUGGUGACUUGGAGUGGCUUCUGCACUCAGCCUUUUCUCAGUUAAACGUCUCGUGUGACCGUGACGGGACUGUGCUACGCAAGGAGGUGGUGGAGUUGCGCAUCAACGAGACGAUUGAACGCAUUCGCGAAGGUGUCAAGAGUGGAGUGCGGUAUAUUUCAAAGGCGAUCCAGGACGGCAGCCAAGUGGAAGACAAUGAACGAAUGGAGGGGGAAACGAUGACGGAAAUAGCAGAAGAAGCGUCAACUCCGAACGCGGUAGCGACGACGGCGAGUGGACUGUUCGACCGCGUCACCACGCACCAGCAGAAGUUCCGUGAGGAGCAACAGAUCGUGCGAAGUUACCGCGUGCAGGCGCGGGGGCGUGGCGUUCCCACCAGCAGGCGCCACAGCGAGACGAGCGUCGACGACGUGGAGGGCGCGCGGCGGGGAUCGCGUUUCUGGGGGACGCUGCGCCCGAGUGUGGCGCUCUGCGACAUCUCACCAGCGGCAGAGCGCGGCCAGCAGGCACUCGAUGGCAGGGAGGAUGACGUCGUGACAGCCGUCACGGAGAUGCUAGACGCAAGCUUGUUGCGCGACCAGAAGAACCACGAGGCGGAGCUGGAUGCAGCGCGCUUGCAUCGGGAGGCACUGUGCACGAUGUUACUGCGGUCAGCGGUGAUAUCGGCCAAGCGCAGCAAGUCCCCGCUCUCCCUCUCGCGGCCCAAAUCACACAGUGUCUCAGGCUUAAUACCAGAGGAGGCAGCAACAGUAGAGAAGCAGCGUGUAAGCCGCUCCGGUUCCGUUGAUAAUUCAAUAAUCAUUCGGGUAAGCUCCUCCCCCGCUACGCAGCGGCGUGAGCCGCAACACGGACGAGGUUCACGCGUCUUUUCGCCACCGAAAAGAAAUGGCGAUAAUGCUGUGGCAUCACGCCACGAUAUGCACACCGCUUCUGAGGAGCGGUCAUUUCAGAAGGAUUCCUCCCCUGUGAGGAAGGAAGUGCCCAUGCUCUGUCUAAAGAACAUUCUCGAGAACCCCCCGAACGGCAUCAACUCUGGCAGAAGGAAGGAGCAGCAUGUGUUGUCACCAAAGAAAACCACAUUCUCUGGUAUGUGUGCGGUGGAGAAGCCACCGUUCCUCCAGGCAUUUAUUCAUGGGAGAACACCGCGUUCCGCAAACGGGCGUCCGAGAUUUUUGACAAGCGCCAGAGCUUACAUCCGUUCCGCGCCACGACGUUCUGGGUGGAAGACAACGUCGCCUUCCCAGUCCGUGAGUUACAACAAAGGCGCGUGCGCACCGAUGAACCCUCAUGUUGUUGCCACACCACGCAAUAGUGGAGAGAAGAUCGACAUACUGGACAAGUCAUGGCAGAACAAGGGCCCUUAUCGGCUGCCCUCAAGGCGCACACGAAGCGCCGGAGGUGCCACCAGCAUAUCACGAAGCCAGGUUCGCCCUGUGAACGAGGCCUCACUGGGCAUCACAAUGAGACGCCGUCAAGCUGGGGUUUGUGACGGUAUCAUCUGA